AUCUGUUUGUUCUCUUCUUCCGGUUUCACUUUUUCAUGUUCUGCUGUUAUUACAACAAGGAUUGUGUUUGAUCCGAUGGAAGGAUUGGAAUCUGUUUACGCUCAAGCUAUGUAUGGAAUGACCCGAGAAAGCAAAAUCAUGGAUCAUCAUCAAGGAUCAGAAUUGAUUUGGGGAGGAAAUGAACUAAUGGCUCGAGAACUCUGUUCUUCUUCUUCUUAUCACCACCAAAUCAUUAAUCCGAAUCUUAGCAGCUGUUUCAUGUCUGAUCUUGGAGUCAUAGGUGAGAUUCAACAACAGCAGCAACAUGUUGGAAACAGAGCUAGUUCGAUAGAUCCAUCAUCACUCGAUUGUUUGUUAUCUGCGACGUCGAACAGCAACAACACUUCGACGGAAGACGACGAAGGGAUUUCUGUGCUUUUCUCAGAUUGUCAGACUCUUUGGAGCUUUGGUGGAGUCUCAUCUGCAGAGUCUGAGAACAGAGAGGUCACUAAUGAGACGACAACAACGAUAAAGCCUAAGUCUUUGAUGAGAAACAGAGGAGGAGAUGGAGGAACUACUGAGACGACGACAACAACUACAACAACGAUAAAGCCUAAGUCUUUGAAGAGAAACAGAGGAGAAGAGACAGGAAGUCACUUCAGUCUUGUUCAUCCUCAAGAUGAUUCGGAGAAAGGAGGUUUCAAGCUCAUAUACGAUGAUAAUCAAUCGAAAUCAAAGAAACCAAGAACAGAGAAAGAACGAGGCGGUUCUUCAAACAUUAGCUUCCAACAUUCAACUUGUUUGUCUGACAAUGUCGAGCCAGAUGCAGAGGCGAUUGCGCAGAUGAAGGAGAUGAUAUACAGAGCGGCUGCGUUUAGACCGGUGAAUUUCGGGUUAGAGAUUGUGGAGAAACCUAAGAGAAAGAACGUGAAGAUAUCAACGGAUCCUCAAACGGUUGCAGCAAGACAGAGAAGGGAGAGGAUAAGUGAGAAGAUUAGGGUUUUACAAACAUUAGUUCCAGGUGGGACGAAGAUGGACACAGCUUCAAUGCUUGAUGAAGCUGCUAAUUAUCUCAAGUUCCUUAGGGCACAAGUAAAGGCUUUAGAAAACUUGAGACCCAAGCUUGACCAAACCAAUCUAUCUUUCUCCUCUGCUCCUACUUCAUUUCCCUUAUUCCACCCAUCUUUUCUUCCAUUGCAAAACCCUAAUCAAAUCCAUCAUCCAGAGUGUUGAACAAUUACAAAAAUCUACAGAUUUGAUUGAUUGACAGAUUAUAAACUUUUGAGUUUCAUCAUCAUCAACAGAAUCAUGGCGUCUUGAUUGUUUUAGCAGUUCUCAAGAAAGGCAACUUCUGUGAGAAGGGUGGUGUCGGGCAGUGUUGUUUACACUUUCCAGUCUUUGUUUUGCAUUUCUUUUAAUAUAAAGUUUGUUUUUUA